AUGAAGCCAAAUGUUUGUAGCGAUUUAGUUUUGCGUUCUUCGCAACUCGCGAAUACCGAGGGCGAAUGUCCGAGUGACUCUUUGAAUGAGAUGGGGCAAGAUAGCGACCUGGUUUUUCCAGACGGUGGUUGGCGCGCGUGGAGCGUCGUUCUUGGCUCUUGGUGCGCGAUGGUGCCCUCAUUUGGACUUAUGAAUACAAUUGGUGUGUUCGAGUCUUGGUUGGCGGACCAUCAAUUGAGAGACUAUUCGAAAGCUUCCAUCGGCUGGAUAUUCAGCCUGUACAUGUUUUUUCUUUACUUUGGAAGCGUGCAAGUUGAAUAUUACCAAUUCAUGCUAGGAUUCAGUGUCCUUGGCGGGAUCUCCUCAUCAAUGGUGUUCACCCCUAGCGUGGCUUGCAUAGCCCAUUGGUUUCUCGCGCGUCGCGCCCUGGCUACCGGCAUAGCCGCGACUGCUGGGGGCAUUGGGGGAAUUAUAUUUCCUGUCUUGAUCUCCAACCUCGCGGAUAGCCUAGGCUUCCCUUGGUCUAUACGAAUUAUUGGAUUUAUAAGUGCAGCAUUCUGCUUUCUGAGUGUCGCGCUUUUGAGAACCAGACUACCCUUAGAUUCGGUACAAAAAGGAACAGUCGACAUUAGAGCUUUGAAAGAACUACGUUUCUCAUUGUUGACGGCGGCCAUUGUUUUGAUCGAUUUUGCCCUUCUGAUUCCGUUGACUUAUUUGCCAUCCUAUGCUCAAUCUCGCGGCGUGGAAGAUUCUCUUGCAUACAACCUAUCUUCUAUCUUAAAUGCCGCGUCCAUCGUUGGGCGGAUCGUCCCUGGAUAUUUUGCUGACCGAUUUGGACGAUUUAAUGUGAUGAUCAUCACAACGUUCAUCUGUUCAAUGUUUACUUUCGCCCUAUGGCUUCCAUCCCAGUCGAACCAGGCGGUCAUCUUGGCAUUCGCCGUGCUUUUUGGAUUUUGGAGCGGUACUGCAAUCAGUCUCUCCCCUGUUUGUGUUGCGCAAAUCUCUAAACCACAAGAUUUUGGAAAGCGUUAUGGUACAACCUAUUUCUUGGUCAGCAUAGGCACACUCAUCGCCAUUCCAAUUGCUGGUGAGCUUUUGAAAGUCCAGACAUCGACAAUGGGCCAGGAUGACUAUACUAGUCUGAUAAUUCUUUGUGGGCUAGUCUAUUCUUGUGCAUGCGUCUUUUUUAUCUUAUCCAGGGGCGUGAGCGUUGGUUGGGGGUUGAAAGUUUUCUAG